UGGCUUGGGGAGGGGGAGUGGGGAGAGGAGGUGUUUGCUUUUCUCCGCAGGACCGGCUCGCUUUGCAGCUCAGUGUCUGGGUACGAGGCUCACACACCCCCACACACACAGACGAGGGUACACCACGGCUUUGGCUCCCUGAGCAUCUUCUUCCUGCCUCCCACAGCCAAAACAAGCCCUCUGCUUCCAUCGCCACCCCCGCCAGAAAAAAGUUUGCAAAUCUUCCCCUCCCCUCUCCUCUCCUCUCCUCUGCUCUCCAGCGAUGGCAAAUUUCUUCCUGGCCAAGAGCUCGCGAGCCCCUUGUGCAGGGGCAGCCUGGACUGGGAAAGGCAGCGCUGGGAAAGACUGAGUCCCUUUUGCACGGGGUGUGUGCGAGGAGGGAGGCUAGGGCUCAGCUCGCCUCUCUGGUCAGUUUCAUCCUUGGGAUCGCUGGUCAAUUUCAUCCCCGGGGUCGCUGGUCAAUUUCAUCCCCGGGGUCGCUGGUCAAUUUCAUCCCCGGGAGAACUGGUCCUUUUGCAUCCCCGGGAGAACUGGUCCUUCUGCAUCCCUGGGAGAUCCGCUCCAUUUCCAUCCCCGGGAUUGCAGACCGGCUCCUUUGCUCCCCAUCCAGCUCCCCCUCCUCCCAGCCCGCUGGACAGCUUGCUCCCGGUGGGAAGGUGGAGGAAUGCAUCUCCUGUGGCGGGACGGAUCCGUGCUGCAAUGAGAUCUGAGUGAGACUUGAAGAUAUUGAUACCAGGAGUUGUGUGCUUCAGCCGUAACACCAACAGUAAAUUGCUACAGGUUGGCUAUAGAUCUAGUGCGAGAAGAUGGCCAUCCACUGGAAGCCCUGCUUCUUUGUCCUUACACUGCUUCCUCUGGUCGUGGCAGUGCACUCAGACUGCGUCUUCAAAAAAGAGCAAGAGGCGUGUCUGGAGAAAAUCAGAAGAGCGACUGUGCUGAAUCCCAUGAAUGAUUCCUCCCCAGGAUGCGCAGGGAUGUGGGAUAAUAUUACAUGCUGGAAGCCUGCGAGUGUGGGUGAAAUCGUCUUUGUCAAGUGUCCUGCAUUCUUCAGAAUUAUUAACUUUGAAGAUGGUUGGGAAGUGGAUAACAUGGCGCAAACACACACAGGGGACAUCAGCAGAAAUUGCACAGAAGACGGUUGGUCUGAACCCUUCCCUCAUUACUACGAUGCCUGCUUUGAUGAGAAUUUCACCGACCCUGUAAACCAGGACUACUACUACCUGUCUGUGAAGGCCCUGUACACAGUUGGAUAUAGCACUUCUCUUGUUUCCCUCACCAUGGCGAUGGUUAUCCUAUGUCGUUUCAGGAAGCUUCACUGUACCCGCAACUUCAUCCACAUGAAUCUCUUUGUCUCAUUUAUUCUGCGAGCAAUAUCAGUCUUCAUUAAAGAUGGGGUCCUGUAUGCUGAACAGGAUAGCAGCCACUGUUUUGUCUCUACUGUGGAGUGCAAGGCGGUGAUGGUCUUUUUCCACUAUUGUGUCAUGUCUAAUUAUUUCUGGCUGUUCAUCGAGGGACUGUAUCUUUUCACCUUGCUGGUGGAGACUUUUUUUCCAGAAAGGAGAUAUUUCUACUGGUACACCAUCAUUGGCUGGGGCACGCCUACAAUUUGUGUCACUGUCUGGGCUGUGCUGCGCCUUCACUUUGACGACAACGGCUGCUGGGACAUGAACGAUAACACAGCCUUGUGGUGGGUCAUCAAGGGUCCUGUGGUUGGAUCAAUAAUGAUAAACUUUGUUCUCUUCAUUGGCAUAAUUGUUAUACUCGUGCAGAAACUCCAGUCGCCUGAUAUUGGGGGCAAUGAAUCCAGCAUUUACUUCAGCUGCGUUCAGAAAUGCUACUGUAAGCCUAAGAGGGCUAACCAGCACUCUUGCAAGAUGUCAGAACUAUCCACCAUUACCCUGAGGCUGGCUCGCUCCACGCUGCUGCUGAUCCCCUUGUUCGGAAUUCACUACACUGUGUUCGCCUUUUCUCCUGAAAAUGUCAGCAAGCGGGAGAGACUUGUGUUUGAACUGGGGCUGGGAUCUUUCCAGGGCUUUGUUGUUGCUGUUCUCUAUUGCUUCCUGAACGGGGAGUUUCUCCCUAAAGGUGCAAUCAGAAAUAAAGAGGAAAUGGAGGAGCUGGAAAGUCAACCGGUAUUUUGCUGUGGAUUUCAAACAUCGCCAUCCCUCUCUGGCGAGCAGCGGAGUGAACGGGGGGACGCAACUCUCCAUUCUGAGCAAGAGCAGCUCUCAGAUUCGGAUGUCCAGCAUAAAUGCGGAGAAUCUAGCGACCUGAGCAACUAAAAAGCAAGCCGACAGUCCAACCAAAAAACCCGCCCCUUAAAAAAGAAAAGAAAAAAAAAUCAUAGUUUUGGUGGUGUGGAUUUUCUUUUCAUUGUUUUUUACGUUGUUCAAAAGCAUGAAAUAAAAUGCCCCUGACAUUUUGAAGAGGAGAGGGGGGAGGGGAAGGGGGGGGGAAAGAAAAAAAAAAACCACAAUAUUUUUUUAAUGAUCACUGUAAAUACAUGACAGAGUCCCAUCAUUCUUGAUGACAACACUAGGCCAUGCCCACCCAUCUCUCCAUGCUCCUGAGCACCUGCACAUGAUCCAUAGUUGGCCAAAGUGUAACAAGUGAUUGCUGUGCAGUUGUGAUCAUUGGCUGCCCUUCUGGUUUAAAUCUGUGACUGGACGUUGUCAUGGUUAUCCUGCUUUGUUUCGUUCUGUUCUUUUUCCAAUCAAGUGCAUCUUAACCACACCUCAUCCCCAUCUUUGGAUGUGCAAGACAUUUUCAGUGCGCCUUCUUUGAGUCUUAAGCUAGAGUUAUGAAGCGUGGGCUGGUAUUGCCGGCAAGUUCAGGAAAGACUCUGGAAAUGGAUUUCCUGGCUGGGCUUGGUCAGAAGCAGCCAGUGGAUUUGAUCGUCUGCUGGGGUUAAGCGAGACGACGUAGCUGUCACCAUUCAAGAGAGAGGGAAAUUCCGGACAGCAAAGACGAGAGUGAGAUCAUUUGGUGCAACUACGUGAAACAUAGCUGCUGGCAUUCAGCAGAGAGGACUUCAGGUCGCAGAGAUGGGGGUCUGUUCUUUUUUCCCCCUCUUCCACCGAAUGUUUUAGGGAAUGUGUAUGUUCUAGGCAAACUGUGAAUUUUCUAAAAGGGCCGUACUUUUGAGAUAUAUCUAUAUUUUUGGAGUGGAUUGUUUGGAUCUUUGGAUAAUGUGAAAAGAAAAAAAACAAAAGAUUUUAUUUCCCAUGGUAAAGGGCAAAGGUCACUUCCAGUAUGUGCACCUCCUCUAGAUUCCCCAGGAACCCCUGCAUCCACGUGCGUCCCGUGGCACUGCUUUUGAUAGUGGCGUGACACAUCUUACAUAAAGUGUGAUAGAUCUCCUGGUGCCAGUAUUGGGACUCAAAUUUGCCAGCACAAGAGGCCCCAUGGAGGUCUGGCAUGGCAAGUCUCGGAAGGUAAAUGUCAUCAAUGGUGGUUGAACACUUAGGCUGAACAAUGGGAUGCUCCUAAAAGGAAUGGUAGACUUCAGGUGAUUGGUCAUACAUGACAGUUUCUUCUGUCAAUGGAUACUCCUGUUUUUUUGUUUGACAAUAGAUAUCAUCAAUGCCUUUGCUUAAAAAGAAAAAGUCCUUUCCAACUUUGCCUUGUAGUUAGAGCCAAGACUGGUAUCUAUCUACUUCAGUCAAAUGUCAAUGAUGUCAAUUCUCAAAGAGCCUUUAUGCAGUGCAUAAAGACUUGAAAGACUGUAAAUGCUCUUACUUCAUUAUGGAUUUAUGAACUGAUAAAAACUAUAUAUAAAAACGAGAUAUAUAUAUAUAUAUACAUAUAUAUAUGUAUGUGUGUGUGUAUGUGAGUAUUAAAACGCAAAUAUGACCUUUUAAAUAAGAAGGUGUGAGCUCAAGCUAACAACAACCAGGAAAGUCAAAAUUUUAAGGCCAGUCCUCCUUUCUUCAUUAAAAUAUUUGUGCAAAAGGAAGUUAUGCACACAAAAGUUCAGAGUCAGCUAAAAUUUUAGCUUUCCUGGGUUUUUUUGUUAGCUUAGGUUAAAAACUUUUAACGUCGUUUUGAGUCUAGAUUUCUUUUAAUAAUAGUUUCCUUGUUUUUAAAAGGAAAACAUAUCAUGUGAACUGAUGAGAGUUUUAAUAAUGACACAUAACAAUCAUAUUGUGCUUUUGGGGGCGUAGCCUGCUCUCAGUUACAGUGGUGAGCACCUGCAGUGAUAUUAGUUGCAUUAGGGCAUCCAUACCAAAAUCCAUUGAGUAAACAGGAGUUCACAGUAAGCGAAUAGCUGAAGGAUCAUCCCUUAUAACACAUUAUCGUCUCUGUAAGGGUUGAAAUCACCCUUCUACAGAGAGCCAGCGAAGGGUCUAUUUAAGCUGAUUUUGAGGUCGUAAGUUGGCCUUGCACAAUUCAUGAAUGUAUUGGCAGCCCUCGGUAUUAAGCAGACCCUCCCUGAGAGCAGAAUUUGGCCUUCUCUGUUGCACUGAGCAAAAAUGACACAAGUAUUUUUAUGUGAUAGAUUGGAAUUUCCUCUGUCAUUAGAUGCCACAACUGGCUAUUUUAGUGAUUUCCCAAUAACUCACAUAAUCAUGACGAGAGGCGGGCACUGAAGAGGGGAAGGGUACAUUCAGAUCUCUUGGGUAAAUGUAUACUUAUAAUUUUUUUUUUUUUAAGAAAAUGAUCUAAUAUUAAAGGAAGAGAUGAGAUUUAGUUUUGUAUUUUCUGUAGUAUGGGCUUUCACAAAGUUAAUACUGACCAUAGUGUAUGUGUCUGAUUUAAGAAAUACAUAGAUGAUGAAAAAAAGGCAUAUUUUGCAUGCAUGGCCACUGGCCCGUUUGCAAUUCUCGAUCAGUUAUAAAUUUCUGAAACAACCGUUUAUCCAUUGCCACUGGGUGGAAAAUGUUUUGUGCCAUGUUUCUGUCCAAAGCAAAAAUUCUCUUCUUGGCCAUCCUAAAAUCCUCUUCGAUUUGAGCUGGUGGGUCUCAGUCCAGUGCCUUGUGGACAAGUGUCCAUAUCACAGAAUCCCCCCUCAACAGUGGCACGUAUGGGAAGCCAGAUCCUCAGCUGAUGUCAAUUGGGCAUAACAUCACCAGUGUCCAUGAUACCAUGCCAAUUUAAACAGGGGAGGAUCUGGCUUUAUUGCAUUUUUUUUUAUUUUAAAUUUUUUUUGGCAGUCUCACCAAGAGAAGCCAAAUGAGACUGAACUCGCCUUGGGAUUCCUGGAGCCCAGGCUCAGGAGCAAGGCCAGUUGAUGGGACAUUGCAUUUGAAGCUUGCGCUGUUUCUGUAUAUGCUGUAUUUGUUCAGUGGCCAGAGAAAGGACUUUAGUCUUCAAGAUUGUCAAUCCAAUACCUUUCACCAGCACUGAAUUUAUUAGAAGAGAUUAUAUAGCUCUAUAUUUAAUAUGUAGUAUAUUCUAUAAACUACACCCGAACCCCUUCUCUUAGGGUUUUCUACUGGAAGUGCUGACAUACUCAUAUAGUCUGGCAUUCACCUGGCCACUCUAACACUCGGUGUUACUCGAAAGAUCAUACUUCAAGUGUAUAUAGUUACUUAAACAAGGACUCUAAUGCCAUUGUGUAGAGUAUGCUCUUGGAUAUCUUUAUGUUGAAUGUAUGCUGAAGAUGCUGGAUUUGUAUAGUCACCACUUCUAGUGACCAUCGUUUCUAAACUUCAGGAUGGAAGGAACCAAAAGACAGACAUGCUUCAAAGUGUGUGUAAAUAUCUAUUUGAGCGUAACAGUGCUUGGGGGGAGGAGGGGGGUUGUAUUUUUUUUUCUCACUGUGAAGUAUAUUUUGGCGUUAGAAAGUAUAUGUUAUUAAAAGGUAAUUAAAAAAAAAAAAAGAAGUGUGUGCUGCUCCCUGAGCCAUUUUUACACUGUACCUAUCAAAUGUUUCCCACCCAGUUGCCUGGCUUCCUUCCUUGAUGUUGUAAAUAUAACAGAUCUUAUGUCCUGCGACCUUUGUGAGCGCACCCUGCAAUGGGGAUUGAUGACCGAGUGUGGAAAGGGUAGAGCUGGUCCAAGAGGCGUCUUAAAAUCCUGAAGUGGAAAGUCCCCUUUUAAAAAGUAGAGGGGUGAAAUUCAGUCGUGCUGGACACCUACACCUGCUUUUAAUCUCAGCUGGUGUUGUGGGUGCUUCUUGAUGCUAAAAAAUCAAACCUUGGCUUCGUGACAUAGCAAGGUCCUUUGUGGUCCUUGGCAGAGCAGAGUGGUGGUGGGGACUGGAGAUGUUAUGCCAGCUACUUGUGAGCUGAAGUGGGGAUCUUACCUGCCAUGGCCAGCUUUCAGCUGGAGGAACAGGCUCACCGCUGCACCUGCCCAGUGCUACAGUCUCCUCGGGGACUGGCGGUCUGGACCUACCCCUGCUAAAUCAGCACCUGGAACUGAUGCCCUGCUCACCCACCCCAAAAUACACUACCAGCACUUAGACACUUAAGUAAAAGUGACCCAAAUUUCAGAGGCACUAAGAAAGAAAUGGCAGGGUGUUUUGCCCAACUUCACUACUCACCGUUGAAAAUUUGGGUUUAAAAUUUCGGCAUAAUUUCAGCAAUAUUCAGGAAGGACUUUUCUUUUGGAAGUCUGCAGUGGUUUAGCAGAAGUAGCCUUGCUACUGGUCUCUCUUCUCCUAGCAGGAGAAUAGUUUAGAAGUGGUUACUAUAUAAAGUCUUGGAGAAAGCUUGGCUUCUUUCGUCAGGUGGCUCAAAAAAGCUUAUGCAUCUGUGAUGCAGUUAGUCUAGAAGGUGCAAACCUACCCUGCCUUCUGUAUGAAAGCUGUGAAAGCUGAAAACUUUCUGAUGAAGAAAGUAUCCUGGCAUGUCACAGCAUAAAGCAUGCAAUGCCAUUACUAACGGCUUACGGGCUGUUCUUUUCAAAGGGAACCAGUUCUGAAAGGCACUCAUGGGAGAGGGUCUCAGCAGCUCCCCGAGCCCUAAUGCUCUAGAUCAUUUGUAGCUGCCCCCCACCCAGAGAGCCUGACCCCGCAAAAAAUCCAGGUUUGACUGUGUUUCAUUUUUCUUCUAUGAGGGUUUUUCUGUGGAGGGGGUAUAAUGAGCAGGCUAGGGUUCACCUGGGAGAUCCAAGCCAUGGUCCCCUGACAGAAGGACAUCAAAUGCUCUUGGAUGCAACCAAUUAAAACUGAAAUUCUUGUUCUGUAUUUUGAAAGAUAUUCCUAGAGUGCCACUAUUGCUGACCAUUAUGGUGACAGGGCUGGACACAUUGUCCUUUGUCUUGCAAUCAUACAAGUUUUCUGGUUCCUCAAGUAUCUCCUAGGACUGGCAAGCUAUUGACAGUCCAGGGUGGAGGUGAGCAUAGAGCACAGCAGUUGAGUUGUGUUUUUAGCUGCAGCUAUCUGUGUAGAUCUUCAAAUGAGUAGCUAUGUGAUCUACGUCUAUCUGCUACAAAGGAGUAAAUGCCAAUAUACAGGAAAUGGACUGAACUCGUACAAAUUACACUGUCUGGACCUUACUGAGAUCCUUGUGCCUGAAGACUGCUUUUUCUGGAAAGUGGAGUAUAGCUGGGCUGUUUGUGGCUCUGGAAUAGUAUCUGUGCUCCAGGGAUGUAGGUUGGAGUAGCUUUACUCACACUAGGCAUGGCAGAGUUGCACCUUAUAGACUAACUCAGAGAUUCAUAAGGUUUCAAAAGCAACAGCUCACUUCUUCAGAUGCUAGGAAAGGCCUUUUAGGGAGCAGGCAUUCAACUAGAGUGCUUUAAAUAUAAAGGAUAGGGAAGGGUGGAGGAAAGAAGAAGAGCACUGCUUAGAGAGGCAAAGGUGGAUUGAAGAGAAAAACAGCAGUAAACCCAAAGGGGCAUGGCUUUUAAAAGCUAAUCCAAGUAAUGGGAUAAGAAUCCAGAGCCUCUAUUUAGAUCACACUUAACACAAUCCAGUAGGUGGAUUUUUUUUUUAUUUUUUUUUAAGUUCAGGCUGGAAGUUCGAGCAUUGCUGUGCAAGGACAGGUACUCUGACAUCUGCAAUCGAAUGUCCAGGGAGGUUACAGGAUCUGCCCUAGUCUUGUGUGUCUUUCUGGGCUCGAUGUUCAUUCAUUCUUACAUGAAGAGAUUGUCCAGUUUGUUCAAUGUAGACAGCACAGGGUCGCUGUGAGCAGUUGAUGCUUUAUGUGACAUUGAUAAAGGAUAAGAUGAAUGAACCCCAAAUAUGUCAUAUUGUUGCUGUAUACCCGUGUCCCCCGCAGUUGUUGUCUACUAAUUUAUAUUUUGAGUUUUAGCUACUGAAGGAGCAUUAUUAAUAUAUUUGAUGGGGCUUACUCUACAUGCAAGUGGCGUUUCAUACCACACUGGCUUGGCCUAAUUUCUUGAUGUCAUUGGGGGACUCCUUAUAUGAAAAGUGGCACAAUCAGGACUAUGGAUUUUUUUUAAAUCCACAUUUUAAACACGCAGCCUGUCAAAUGAAAGAGUUGCAAGGAAAUUACCUGCUUUCUAUGUUAUUCUACAAUAGAAAUAUACCAACAAUGGAUGAAAUUAUACCUUUGUGUGUGCAUUAACAGCUUCAAUGGGAAGUUGCCUCAUAGAGACUGAAAAAAUUAACCAGUGACCCCCAAACAAAACAAAGCAAUAAAGACCGUACACAUUUUUGGCAGAAAUGAAAGCUGGACAGGCCACAUCCUCAGCUAUUAAAAGGCAGUGGGUGUGUCUACACGUGUAGUUACACAUGCCUAAACUUAAUGCACCUUUGUUUAAAGUGAUUUGGGCAUGUGUGCACAUGUAGAUGCACUAAUGCACAUUAAGACGCACUAAAUUUAGGCUGUCAUAGCUAAGUCACAUCAGUGCACGUGUAGCCACACUAAUGCGCAUUAACACGGUGUGCAUCCAUUGACUGGAACAUUAGACUUGUAGGGCUCUUCCAAGUCAUCAAAUCCAGGCCUCUGCUGUUGCUGGCAACUGCACUAUAUAAUCUCUUACAAAAAACAGAUCAACCAUCAACUUAAUAAUAGUUGGGGGUUGCCCAGACUAGUCCUACUGAACUUGGAAUGUAGUAGCAGAGGGGCUCAGCUAUCCUGAUCUGGAUGCAAAUGCCCUUUUUUUCAAAGCUUCACUCUGGGUUUGUGUAAAGAGUGUUGUCCAUUGUUCCUACUAUGAAUUAGGUACCUGAUCAAUCAGGCCAGAGAGCCAAAAGAGGCUGGAUGUGAUGCUAGUCAAAGUACUUCUUUUGGGGAUACCUGGGUAUAGAAAGUAGUGCUUCUUCACCAUGCUCCGCCAGUAUGCAGUAGCUUGGUCAAUUUAAAUAUAGCAUUGUUCUUUAUCUAAAAUAGCACUUCUUCCUCCCUGGAAGGCGGGCAGACUAUGGACAGAACCAGCGUACAUGCCCAAAUGGGAGGUAUAACCACACUUUCAGAUUCUAUUUCACCCUCUUGUGGAAUAGACUAGCCCUGUAUAGCAACUGCUGGAGACAAACGGAUGAGGGAUCCCCCACAUGUUUUAACCCUAGAUCCUAGUGAUUAGAGCAGGUAGAGAACAAGGUGCUAAAUCCCUUAACUCAGAGGGAGUUUGAACUCACCCAUAGGCCAUAAAAUAGGCCUUAUCCAGUAUCCUCUCCAUCAUUGCUCUUGAAGCUGUUCCCCUGGUCAACCAAGAGAGGCAGAUAUGUGGUACCAUGUGGAGAAGAAACCAAAUGGCAUGUGGCUCAGUGCGUUGGAUACUGUUCUGGAUGGAAAAGGCCCAUGGGGUCCAGCCUGAUGAGGCAGUAACUCCAAAAGAGGCAGUAACUUCCCCACUGCUCUCCAUCCAUUUUAUUCAAUGCAAAGUGCAGUGGCUCAGCUUCAAAAGGAAGGUUGAAGAUGGUGUUGGAUGGUGCCCGAACACCAUAUGUGGUGUUGGAGCCAUUUGCUGCAAUGGACAUUCAAACGCUGGCUGUGUUAGAAUCUGGGUUGCCUGGUCUCUGGGCUAAUGCCCUAAUCAGGCAAAAAUACAGGAGAAAAAGCUCCCCACUCUACCCCAUACCUCCUCCUUGCCUUUCAAACAUCCAGUAGUCAUUGGGUUUUGCCUGGCUACAAUUUCAGAACUCACCCAGCCCUAUAUGCAUACCUGGUCGUGCAUAUACCACAGUGUCCCAUCAGAGCUACCUCCUACUGAGUAUGCCCAUUAAGCGUGCAGACAUUUGAGUGUCCAGAGAUGAAUCUGUGCAAGUGCUAUAAACAGUACUUAUACAUCUACAUAAUUCCCGUUUAGGGGCCUAACGUGAAAUGAAUUCCACCCUACAUGUCUGUUUUGAUUGAGCCACCCAGGCAAAGCAAAGAGGAAUCAAAUGAUUGGAAAGGCAGUACAGUUUUUAAGCAGUGUUUGUUUCACUUCCAUUGUUAACGGCAGGAAUUAGGAUAUUGUAAGAUUGUAAAUAACAGACACUGAUGAAAAACUAUUGAUAAAACAAGAACAUUAACCCGUAGCAGUGAAUUAAACAAGCGGAAGUGGUCAGACAAGGGCAAAAAGUUGGAUCACAAACUCAGCUGCCCAGCUUUUGAAAGGGUUCAGAUUUGAACCAAUUGUUGAGCUACCCUGGCUUUGGUUUCAGGGUGAAUGUGAAACCCCAGGAGGCUCAUUUGAGUUUCCUAGGGUGGUCACAGUCAAUAUCUUAUAAGACUAAAUUGUUCUUUAUGAUGUCCAACCAAGGUAGGUAGUUUCCCUUUCCUAAAAUGUCCAUCAGUCAAGCUGGUAGAAAUAUCCCUAGGAUAGCUUGUGAGUUGUCAAGCCUGGGGGCGUCUGAAUCUAGCCAAUAGAACCAUAGAAAAUGAGGGUUGAAGGGACCUCAGGAAGUCACGUCUAGUCCAACCCCCUGCUCCCAGCAGGACCAGCCCCAAUUAGCUCAUCCAAGCCAAGGUCUUAAAAACUUCCAAGGAUGGAGACUCCACCACCUCUCUGGGUAACCUGUUCCAGUGCGUUACUACCCUCCUAGUGAGAACAUUUUUCCUAAUAUCUAACCUAAACUUCCCUUGCUGCAACUUGAAACCAUUGCUCCUUCUUCUGUCAUCUGCCACACUGAAACAGUCCAGCUCCAUCCUCUUUCGAACCCAGCUUGAAUGCUAUUCAAUCCCCCUUCCAUUUUCUCUUCUCCAGACUAAAUAAGCCCAAUUCUCUCAGCCUGUCCUCACAAAUCAUGUCCCCCAGCCCCCAAACCAUUUUUGUUACCCUGCACUGGACUCUCUCCAACUUGUCCACAUCCUUUCUAUAGUGGGGGGCCCAUAAUUGGACACAGGCCUCCAGAUGUAGCCUCAUCAGUGCAGAAUAGAGAGGGGCAAAGUGAACUUUAAAACCUGGCACCUGACUUAUAUGACUCUAUAACCCAAUGUUAGCUGCCAUCUCUCUACCAGAAAGAAAGUGCAGAGGGGUUGGGGAUCCCAGCAAAGAACAAAGGAAAUGAAGGGAACCAGACCAUCAUCUAAAAUGACAGCCCCUCUGUUUAAUUUGCAUCAUCGCAAUGUAGGUUUUGUUUUGCUCUUGUUUGCAUCGAAUAAAAUAUAAAACACAAAAACUGCUUGAUACUUGAGCUCUCUCUUGAGCUUUGCUGCCUCAAGUAGGUCUCCCCAUUAAUGCCAUGCCCCUCACUUCUCUUUUUUUUUUUUUUUUUAUAGUGGCAACACAAGUGAAGAUAGUUCAAAGCCAUACCCCAGGCUGCAUCCUGCUAAAGGAAGUUGCAGCCCAUGAUUUAAUGUCUAGGGGGCUGAUUAGAACAGAAUCAAAAUGCCACAGUGGCUUCUUUCUUAGGGCUGUCUGUUAGGUUUAAGUGAUUUUUUUUUUUUAUAUAUAUACUAUUUCACUCCUUUAUUCAAUGUUGGGAGGGUGGUGGAGUUGAUCCUAUGCUUCGCCUACUUCCUUAAUAAAGAGAGAAGGUGCUUCUUCUGCAGUCUUAAAAAUCUUGAUUACAAGUGAACAUACAUCUUACAUGUUUUUUAGGUAACUGAAAAGUGAGUAAGUCCUUCAUGGUAUUUUUUAGGGCUGUUUUUACCUGUCUGACUAGAUACUGCCAUUCCAUAAAUUGCUAGACACCUCAGGACUCAACUUUGAGCUGGCCUUCUGCUACUGCUGUUUGCAAGUCUCCAGCUCCUCAUAUCUUCUCUUGAUGACUGUCUCCUACUUCCACUGUGUUUUGUGCUGUUAAAUUUCCCAUUCACUGAUGUUUCAACACUGAAAUCUAGAAAACCUGUUUGCACUGGGUCUGAUUUCUCCUAGGAAGGUUAUUGCUGUUCAUUAGAGCUGGACAAAUGUUUGCCAAAACUUUAUAUUUUCAUUGAAAGGUGAGGGGAAAAAAAUGUUGAUAUUGUUUUUUAAUCAAACAAAGAGAAAAAUGACAAAAUAGCUGUUUUCUUUCUCUUGGUCUCUGACACGAGUUGUGUCCAGCCUUUGCCAGUUCACACAUUUAAAGACCAGACCUAAAAACUCUCCCUCACCCUGUUCUACUGUUAUAGUCCCCAACCCCACCACUGUCCCCCAUCCAUUUCCUGGUUCUAGGCAUGUGAAGUUUUGCUCUGUUCAGGGAUUUUCAGAAAAGCAGUGGGUCAUGGGUAGGUGUUUGAAGUAACCCACAGCUUUCUAAAUCCCAAGAGAUCCCAACAAGCCAAAGUGAUGCACCUCAUUUACUGUAUACGCGCAAUGCCCUUUAUAAAAUGUUUCCUUCAGUCUUGUGCCAGCAUUGACAUCUUUAUUAUUAUUUCUAUCAUGGCAGUGACCAGUCUCCAGCAAAAAAGUCUAGGUGAGGACAUGUAAAAAUAGUAAGGGCUUGGGUACAUGAAUAAAUUACCAUGAAGCCAAAGACAAUGGGGCUUUUCCAAGCAUCAGCUGCUCUGUGCUAAUGACCUGAAUGCAUGCUUUUACCUUGCGGUAAGUGCAGCUUAAAAAGGACUAAGUUACAAUGGGUAUGGCACUGUGGAGUAAGAGUAGUUACAGUGGGUAUGGUACUAUGGAGUAAGAGUAGACACAUGGCCAAUUGGCACACCACAAAUGACAUGUAGGAAAGCCCCACUCUCCUUGGCUUCACUAUCUUGUUCCACAGCUGAUGCCUUAAGAGAUCAUGCCUGAAUCAAAGUGAGCACAAUCUAACAAGAUAAUAAAAAUAUUGUUAUCAUUCCCACUUUACAGAUGAGUGGCUAAAGCAUGGAAAGAUCCAUAGGCUUUCCAAGGUCCCACAGGAUGUCUUCUGAAUCUGGGACUUGAUUUCUUGAGUUCUAGUCCACCAUUAGCUUAUUCAACCUGUGAUCCUCUCCAUGAUAGGUAGGGUGUGCUUUCAUAAGCAAGAAGAAUAUCUAUAUUGCCUAACUUUGUUGAGUGACUCAGUCUGAAGCUCCUUCAAGUCAGCUCUCACACUGUGCUUGCUUUCUUUUCCUUCUUUUUUUUUUCUGAGCCACCUGCACACAGAGAGAUGUUUGCAAUCUUCAGAAAGCACUUGAAAUGAGACUAUUCCCAGGGCAUUUUGUCUAAAGCAGUGCCACGAGGAACAAAAGAAAACCUUUCUCCCUGAAUGUCUCAGAAGAAAUGGUGGCUUUACAUCUCCAGUGGUCUUGCCCAACCAUCUAAACUGGUUAUGAAAACCAUAAGAUCUUCCAUGAAAUUUUGCUCAUUUUGAGAAACAAACCCAAACCAAAGUCAUUAAAAAAAACUGGAUUUCAAAACUCCUAGUCACUGUGUUUAUUUUUCAUCAUCAUCCUUUUAUCAUGCAUCUCAGGUAUUGCACUUUUGGGUCCUCACCAGCACUGAAGGAUGUCAAGAUAUCACUGGAAAAAUUGCCCUCAUAAAAAUUCUUGCCAUGCCCUUGAGCACUGAAAAAAGGAUCCUCACCUUCACUAGGAGAUGCACAGAUUGGUGAUUCCAAACAGUAAAAGUGGGGCAAUUCAGAGCAAUGUCUGAACAUCUAGCUAACCCUUGACCUCUGAGCUAUGCUGCUAUCCCUGUCCAACAUGGGGAGAAGCCCUGUCUGGCCAUAUAUAAGUGUUCUAGGGUGAGCACAGGACCAUAUCUGAAUGGUCAUUCAGCAGAAGCCCAGCAGUUGCUUUCCUGAGGAGCAUCUAACCUAGGCCUACCACUAGAUUUUUGUAGUCCCUUCAAAUGCAAGCUGAGUGCAGCAGUAAAUAGUAUGUCUCAUGCUGUAAAGUGAUAAGAAAGGUAUAUCAAACCCAGUGGAUCCCAUGAGCCCCUCAAAACUAUCCAGCCAUGGGAUAGUCAGAAAGCUGGGCCCUUGCUCAGCCUCUCCUUCUCUGCUCUGCCACUGAAGUAUACUUUUAAAAGGACCUAUGAGUGGUGGAGCUAUAGCAUGGGAAAAAAUGUGCCCUGGGCAGCUGUCUCUCACCCUUCACCACUUCUUUGUGCCUACCUUCUUGCUCCCAGGCUCAGGAAGAGCAGCAAGCAGGGCGCCGCACAGUACAAGGCACUCUGGGAUAUGCACUCCUCCAGACUGGCAGUGGAAUUUGCUGCUGGGCGGAAAUUUCAACCCACAUUUUUUGCUGCUGAAGCCCAUGUCCAGAGGUCAAAAAAAGUGCUGAAUUGAGUACAAAAUCGUAGUGGUCAGUUCUCCAUGCCCCGCCUCCCCCCAACCACCCCACUAUACCCCGGCAGCAGCAAUUUCACUGCUGCUCUGCAAAGCUACUAUUCUCAAAAAUGCCAUGUGUUCUGUGACACACACGGCAUGUCUACACAUGCUUUUGCGUGUGCUUAAAUUUAACGAGCAUUUACUUAAUGCGCUUUAAAGUGAUUUAGGCCCAUGACUACACAUGCACAUGCUAAGGUGCAUUAACGUGGUGUGCGGACUGAUUUGGGACUCAAGUCAGUUCCAAGUCAAUCGACAUACACAAUGUUAAUAUGGCUAAUGCAUCUACAUGUGCAUUAAGGUGCUUUAGCGAUUCACACCUAAAUUUGAUACUUGCUUUUGCAGACUGGGGCACAUGCCUCACUCACCCAACCCAUGUUACAUUACAUUACUGAAGCUACUGACAAAUGGUACACACCGGGUUAUGCUGUCAAGUGGAGCUGGAGAUGGUGUCUGGCCAGUGAGCUGUGUGUGUCAGCUAUGCCAAGAGUUGUGUUUGGCACAGCCUGUCAUGAAUAAGAGUUCUCAGUUAUAUGUUCCUGGGCCCAGAACCAAACCUUUAGUGAAUACAGCCAGGAUCGUACCCUCUAUUUUUACCCACUUCAGGCACACACAAUGGGCUGUGGAUUGUGCCUACUAUAACAGUGAGUGGUCAACUGAGUGGUGCAUGCAGUGACACCUAAUGAUGCGCUCGUGUGCAGCUCCACGUGUCUUUGUUCUAGAGCUAAGUUCGGUUAAAUGCAUAUUGCACCUUCUGUAUGGCAAUCCUGUAGCAGAACCUGACCAGUGUGCCAGAGGUUGAACUUGCGCAUUUUUCAUUUGGAUAUUCUCUUUUUGCCAUUUUCUUCCUUUUGUCUUGUGGGGGGGGGGGGGGCGGUCAUCCUUGUGAAGAAUUAAUGUGCGAUAUGAACUUUACUGUGUCUGUCAGUAAUUUAAGUAAUCUGGGCCUCUGUGGAUGCCUGUUUCAAUGAACCUGACCACAGGACAGGAGUCUCCCAAUGUCAUUCUGUACCUGUAUAAUCUGUAGAAACAAGCCUUUGUGUCUUCAUUUGCUCUCCUGACUUCUUGUCAUUACAGUGGCAAUACAACAUGCUGCAACUCUGCAAAGAGCUGUGCCGUGCUGAUGUGCGUAAAGCUAUAUUUUGGCUUUUGACGGGGUCACCAUAUGAAUUUAUCAGCCCUUUGGGUCUAAUAGUGACACUUUUUUGUCACAAUUGGUAAUGGGAUCUGGGUCACUGAAUUUUGUUAUGAAGUGAAAACACACAGCUGUUAACUGCUGCUUACUAGACUAAUCUUGAUUUUGUGUUCUGAGAAACAGUACUGGAUUUUAACAUGUAUACUGCUGGAAAUGACACAAUAAAUGUAUUCUCAUUUU